AACACUUCGCCAUUUCAGGAACAGGGGGGCAGCAACUCCCGCGAAGGAAUUAGGUCAACCCAGCGCUUGUGGCAGCAGACUGUUGUCGUUUCUUCACUGAAAACAUUACUGGGUUUUCUUCGCCGUCGGCUUGCUCGGGUAUUGCGGCCCGAUGCGCGUUAUUUGGCUGGUACGAAGUAGCUUUUCGAGCGCGGGCCCGGGCUGAAGUGUCAAGUCGGUGGUCGGAUUUUUCCCAGCUAACGGCUAACGUUAACGUUAGUCAGCCAGCGAAGUGUAAACACAACAAGGAUGAAGCGGGUGAAGGGAGAUGAGGAGGACAGCAACAGCUCGUCCAGUGAGAGCCCACCCGAGGCGUGCAAGAAGGUGCGGAAGCAGCAGAGCGACGAGCCCGAGGCGGAGGUGGCCUGCGAGCCGAGCUACAACUGGGCACGGCUGCCUCAGGAGAUCCUGCUCCACAUCUUUCAGUACCUCCCGCUGCUGGACCGGGCGUACGCCUCGCAGGUGUGCCGGGGGUGGAACCAGGCUUUCCACAUGCCAGAGCUGUGGAGAUGCUUUGAGUUUGAGCUCAACCAGCCGGCGAGUUCCUACCUGAAAGCCACACAUCCGGACCUCAUCAAGCAGAUCAUAAAGAGGCACUCCAACCACUUGCAGUACGUCAGCUUCAAGGUGGACAGCAGUACAGAGUCUGCAGAGGCGGCCUGUGACAUUCUUUCACAGUUGGUGAACUGUUCGCUGAAGACCCUGGGGCUCAUCUCAACAGCCAGACCCAGUUUCAUGGAGCUGCCAAAGUCUCAUUUCAUCUCAGCUCUGACUGUGGUGUUUGUCAACUCAAAAUCAUUGUCCUCCCUGAAGAUCGACGACACACCAGUAGAUGACCCGUCUCUGAAGGUGCUGGUGGCCAACAACAGUGACACCCUGAAACUGCUGAAAAUGAGCAGUUGUCCUCAUGUCUCCCCAGCAGGGAUUCUGUGUGUGGCAGAUCAGUGUCAUGGGCUGAGAGAGCUGGCGUUGAACUACCACCUCCUGAGUGAUGAGCUCCUGCUGGCCCUCUCUUCAGAGAAACAUGUCCACCUGGAGCACCUGCGCAUCGACGUGGUGAGUGAGAACCCGGGCCAGCACUUCCACACCAUCAAGAAGAGCAGCUGGGACGCCAUGGUGCGCCACUCUCCCAAGUUCAAUCUGGUCAUGUACUUCUUCCUGUACGAGGAUGAGUUCGGCCCUUUCUUUUGUGAGGAGAUCCCCGUCACACACCUCUACUUCGGCCGUUCAGUCAGCAAGGACGUCUUGGGCCGCGUGGGUCUGCACUGCCCCCGUCUGGUGGAGCUGGUGGUGUGUGCCAAUGGGCUGCGCCCACUGGAUGAGGAGCUGAUCCGCAUUGCGAAACACUGCACCCAGCUGUCGGCCAUCGGCCUGGGUGAGUGUGAGGUUUCCUGCAGCGCCUUCGUGGAGUUUGUAAAGAUGUGCGGCCGCAGGCUGUCCCAGUUGUCAAUCAUGGAGGAGGUGCUGAUCCCUGAUCACAAAUAUUCCCUGGAUGAGAUCCACUGGGAGGUGUCCAAGCACUUGGGCCGGGUCUGGUUCCCAGACAUGAUGCCCACAUGGUAAAGUAAAGCCACAAAUGUACACAGAGUUCAGCAACCUCACGUGCUGAGUGGGUAUGGCCACCAUGUUUGCACUGAAAAGCCUUUGAAUGCUUAGCAGUAGUGGAACGCUUGGUGCCAUCAUGGAGGGCAUAAGCUUGCUGAACUCUUGUGUAGCACGGAGCCCGUCCUGUGGUUCUGUAGCAGAGCGCCCCGCUCCUGCAGAGAGACUGGAGUUCAGACGGACAGGGGUGUUAGAAUUUAACAUCUGGCAGCAGCACAAACGAAAUCUGAAAUCUGUUGGCAUCAGAGUGGACUGGAACGCUGCAGGGUCCCUGCUGAGGCAGAACUAGGCCGGCUCCUUUUACAUUUUGAACAGUCAUUACACAGAUCGUUUCAGGUGGAAUAAUUUGACUAAAAAUUGUUUUUCUAACUUUGUAAAUUGAAUUAUAUGGACUUUGUAGCCUGGUUAUGAUAAGCUGUAUUCUGAGAGAUGUCAGUUUAUGUGUGUAAAUAUAUAUAUUUUAACUUUUUUUUUUUUUUUUUAUUACAUUGUGGAGUAAUUUGGGGGUGAUUAGGUGCAAAAUUGCAUGUUGUGACACUACCACUUGGCCUACUUAAAUCCAGUCUGAGAUAAUGACAGCAGCUCUGCACUCUGUGUAACCAUAUACGGUGUUGGAGGUACUCAGUUGGUUGAAAUGUUGUAUAUAGUGUGUGACAGGAAGUGUUUCGAAAAGUAUAGCUUUAGGGGAUUUAGACUUGGUUGAAGGAUGGCUGCAUCCUGCAUAUGAUUGAAGCUAUUUUAAAAAUAACAGCAUCAGUGUUGGUGACUGAUGUCUUACUUUCUUUUUCCCCUCCAGCCCAAGUUAAAUUAUGCAUUAGUUACCUGAAUGUUAACAGCAUUGCAAGAGCCUCAACUCUUGUGAAAUGUUAAGUUGGUAAGGUAAGAACCAGAAAUGUAUAUAUAGGCCUAUAUAUUUGUGAAGUGAAGGUGUACAGUGUUUAUUGAUGUCAUUUGGAUUUUUAUUUUUCCAAGCUCUGCUUGUCUGUGUCAGGCACAGAUUGGCUUGAUUGAUAAAUUCCUCGUUUGUUUAAAGAUGGUUUCUGUACAGGUAUAGUUUUACUAAGCACCUUACAUAAAUACCAAAUGAUGUUAGUCAGGAGAAACGAACUCCUGCUCGGGUGUUAAGGGGAGAUCUCUUUCCAAAUGCUACCAUUUCCCCCAUUUGGACCCAUAUUCUGAUAUUGAUCAUUUAUGUUGUGCUGGCUAUGAUAUACCUAGGCCAGCUUAUGAAAAUAAUUCAAACUAUAAUCAAUGAGAAAAAAAAUGUAGAAAUAAUAUGUAAAUAUAGAUACUAGACUAUUCACAGAAAUGUCAGAAUUUGGAGGCAGAUAUUGGGAAUCCUCCGACCAUCACGGUCCGAUUGGUGUGUUUUCAAUCAACAAUAGAAUAAUAGUAUCUGUGGCUAUUAUAAUGCACACUGGGAAAGCAAAAUCAAUCUUUUCAUCUCUCAGGUGUGUUGAAGCUUACAUGAAUAUAUUAAAUAUAUAGGUUUCAUUUGUGUCUUCUGCUAUUUGCCUGUUAAAAUCUUAAAACUUUGACUUUCUGUUAUGAAUAUCGGCCCUUCUGUUAGCCCAGGUUUGCUCUGUUUUGCGUUAUCACACACAUAGGAGUGGAAGCGGUAUUCAUUUUUUCGUCAUUACACAUGCACACACUGUCUUUGCAGAUAUUUCUAUUCCUGUCCAGACAUCCAUUCAUUUCAGUGCAAAGAGAUUUGGCAAGUCAGAUGAGUGAAACAAACUUUUCCUUUAAGAAGGAAGUCCAAUGCAUCUGUAUAUAAAACGCUGUGUGUUUGAUUAUAUGAAUAGAAAUGUACUUAUUUCUUUAUCGCACCCUCUGUCAGGGUUUAAGUUUCGUUAACCAAUGGCUCAUGUCUUUUAUAUACCAGAGUGCGAGUUAUCCUUUGCUAGAUGGAUCUUUUUUUUUUUUUUUCGUACCCUAGUCACUAGAGAUGAUUAGCUGUGUAAUUUAUUGAUACAUAGAUACUGCUUUUGUAAUUAAUUGGUGGUUUUUCAGUUCUGUACAGGAAGCAACCAGUAUGACCAGCAGCAAGGUUUGACACUAACACCUCUGUCGGUAUGUUUUGGAUGCAUUUGUCACAUGUCAUACUCAGGUUUGGUUUUGUUUUGUUUUGUUUUUUUUCUACAUAGACAAACAGUUACAGUAGACUAAAUCAAACUUGACCAUAUUUGCAAAACUCUCACAGAAAUUACAGUUCUUCUUGCUAUUACCCGUAUAAUAAGCUGAUUAUUCAUGAACAUAUACAAGAGCAUUUCUCAGAGGUACAGUAUAGUUGCAUAUCUGGUUGCCGUGACAGCAGCUUUUAAGUUAAGCCUGCUUAGUUUCUCUUGUGUUCUGGGGGGUGACAUCUCAAUAGUUAAUUAAUUUUAAUCCAUUUCCUUUUGUCUGUAUUGGCUUAAUACUGGAUAAUGGAAAAUCAACUUAGAAACAUAAUAGUAGUAAAACAAAAUACAUUUCAUGUCAAAGCCGAUCAAGAGGGAAACUAAUGUACCUUUUGGUCAUCAAGAUGGCCCUUGUACACAGUUAGAUGAACCUCAUUGUCCAGAUUUUCCUCCAGGAAGUACUUUAGGAGUAAACUGGUGUUGACAAUGCUGUCCUUUUUUAGUUUUGCUUCUGUAUGGCAAAUGCUCUGUCUACUUUGUUUUACUGGUCACCUGUCUUGAAAUGAAAAUAAUUGUUUUGGACAUGUGACCCUGGAAUAAAAAAUUGUGAAUGUAA